AUGGUAACACUACAAUAUAAUGGGGGGUCUCAAAAGCAAACACUUGCGGAAACUUCUUCAAAUCGUGUUGAAGUAGUUGCCCUUUAUGAAGCAACCAAAAAGUGUAAAUGGUUAUGGUUGGUAACUCAAGAUAUCCAAGGAGCGCAUGGUUUAUCAAUUGAUAAUAAUCCAACAAUUUUGUAUGAAGAUAAUGUUGUAUGUGUUACCCAAAUAAAAGAAUAUUACAUCAAAAUUGACAAAAUCGAGCAUAUCACUCCAAAGUUCUUCUCAUUCACACAAACACUCGGAAAAAAAAACAAAGAGGUUGAUAUUCAAUAUAUGCGUUCAAAUGAUAAUGUGGAAGAUCUCUACACAAGGGCACUCCCUAUAUCAGUUUUCAAGAAGCACAUACAAAAUAUUAAAAUGAGUCACCUUCGAGAUCAGUAA